GGUCAGAACCUCGCUCGGUACCUUAUGGAGGCUCCAGCUAAUUAUAUAACUCCAAUCAAAUUUGCUGAACAUAUUGAACAGAAGGUCAGAAGUUUCAGCAAUGUGAAGGUUCAUAUAAGACCAGAGUCUUGGAUAACAACACAACAGAUGGGAGCAUUCCUGAGUGUAGCUAAGGGUUCAGCUGAACCUCCUGUCUUUCUGGAGAUUCACUAUUUAGGUGAUGCUAAUACAAAUGACUCCCCAUUGGUAUUUGUAGGAAAAGGAGUUACAUUUGAUAGUGGUGGCAUUUCACUGAAGCCGUCAUCGGGUAUGGAUGCGAUGAGAGCAGAUAUGGGAGGGGCAGCAACUGUCUGCUCAGCCAUUGUGACAGCAGCAGCUUUAAAUCUACCACUUAACAUAAUUGGUUUGGCACCCCUCUGUGAAAAUAUGCCCAGUGGUAAGGCAAACAAACCUGGGGAUGUAGUUAGAGCCAAGAAUGGAAAAACAAUACAGGUAGAUAACACAGAUGCAGAAGGAAGACUGCUGUUGGCUGAUGCUCUCUGCUAUGCCCACAAUUUUAAUGCAAGGGCUAUUGUGAAUGCUGCAACAUUAACAGGUGCCAUGGAUGUUGCAUUGGGGUCUGCUGCAACUGGAGUGUUCACAAACUCAUCUUGGCUUUGGACUCACCUUUAUGAGGCCAGCAUUUUGACAGGAGACAGAGUUUGGAGAAUGCCUCUUUUUGAACACUACACAAAACAAGUAACAGACUGUCCUCUUGCAGAUCUGAGUAACAUUGGAAAGUACAGCAGAGCUGGAGGAGCAUGCACAGCUGCUGCGUUCCUGAAGGAAUUUGUGACUGCCUCUCACUGGGCUCAUUUAGAUAUAGCUGGUGUGAUGUCGAAUAAAGAUGAGGUGCCCUAUCUUCGAAAAGGCAUGUCCGGGCGGCCUACGAGAACACUAGUAGAAUUCGCGGCUCGAUUAAGUCAAGACAGACACAAUACCAAAUAAAAUACUUACUCAAAAAUCAUCCACUCUGCCUUAAG